UGCGCAUCGAGCAGGAGUUAUCUUGCAAGUACUGAGAGAUCUGGAAGAGCAAAAAACACCGCAACAAUGGUCUUCUCAGUAGCCGACAAGCAUGCAAUAGAAAAAGUGGCCCUACAAAUAAAGCCAAAGGCUGCAGCUAUUGGUGCAGAUGCUUUAGCCAGGCUGUUUGAGCUCCAUCCUCAAACCAAGACAUACUUCCCGGAUUUCAAGAGCUACCUUGCCACUGAUCAUCAUGUCAUAGCUCAUGGCACCAAGGUAUUUGAUGCCUUGGUGAAGGCCGCUGAACACUUGGACGACCUGCCCAAACACCUGGAGAAGCUGGCCAAGAAACAUGGCACUGAACUCCUUGUGGAUCCUCACAACUUUGUGCUGUUUUCAGACAUCAUUGUGGCCACCUUGGCCAUUCAUCUGCCUUCGUUCACCCCUGCAACUCAUACUGCCGUCGACAAAUUCCUUGAGGAAGUUGCACAUCAAUUGAGCUCCGCGUACCGCUGGCAGAACUCCAGACCGACACAGCUAUCUUGUGCAAGAAGUGGCAGUGAAAUCUUAACCUCCAAAAUGGUGCACAUAACACCAGAAGAAGCCCACACCAUCGGGGACAUCUGGAAGGAGUUGGACAAGCAAACGACAACUGCCCUAGCCCUAGAAAGGGUGUUCACGGUCUAUCCCUGGACGACCAGGCUGUUUAGCAGCUUCAAACAUGAUUUCAAAGCCACCGGCAGUGGUGUCCAAGGUCAUGCAAAGAAAGUUGUAGGGGCUCUGAAUACGGCAGUCCUUCGCCUCGGUGACCUGGAAGCUGCCUUCCAUGAACUCAGCAAGAAACAUCAAACCAUCGGAGUGGACACUCAAAACUUCAAGCUUCUGGGCCAGACCUUCAUCGUUGAGCUCGCCAUUCACUUCAAAGGCAGGUUCACUCCCGAGGUUCAUGAAGCUGCAUAUAAGUUUUUCUUGGCAGUUGCAGGAGCUCUCUCCGCUCAAUACCAUUAGAUCUGCAUCCAUCUGCAUCCUCCACCAUCUUCAAGAAGUGCAAUGAGAACAUGCAUCCUUGCCUCAAUACACUCUGUGUGCUUAAUGAAUUUGUGUAACACCAGGUUCAAAUUAUGCUAAAAUAAAGGUGGUGCAAUAAUUCACUUUGUAUGGUAAUUUUGCCUGAAAUUUCAAUAAAACUUUCUUCUGCUUCAAUAAAGAAACAAUCUUUCCCUCA